GGAAGGGGGUUGAUGAUAACAAGAUGGCGACAAACCCAAACCAAGGAGGAAAGAAGCUGGUGCGUUCGAAGUCAGGGCUGCGGAUGGUGGCGGCUAACAGCGCUUUCCGCUCGCCUUUCGAGCUGGAGGAACCGCCGUGGGUCCCGGAUAGUGAGUGCUCCCAGUGUAUGAGCUGCAAGGCCAAGUUUGAUUUUGUCAAGAGAAAGCACCAUUGCAGGCGCUGUGGAAAGUGUUACUGUGACAAGUGUUGUCAGCACAAGGUUGCGCUGCCUCGGCUGUGUUUUCUGGACCCCGUGCGGCUCUGCUAUGACUGCGCUGUAAUCACACAGAAGGAGAACGAGUUCUAUGACAAGCAGCUGAAGGUGCUGCUACAUGGUGCAGCCUUCCAGCUGUCCUGCCCAGAUGACAUGGAGAACCUAUCGGAGCCGUGCCUUUGUAAACUGUCUGCAGAUCACAGAUUCCUGUUGUUUGAGAAUGCUGGCCAUGCUAAACACUCCCCAGUAGAGUUGGAACAAGUGGUGGCUAUCCAGAUCCUGACUGCUGGGGAGGACUCACAAGGUCCGAGCUCCCCAUUGAGCUCCCCGUGUUCCCCCAUUGCUCCAUUUCCAGUAAUAAGCUCACCUGACAACCUGAGUCCAACGGAAGGGAACAUUGUGGCCAAUGGCCUGUCGAUCAAGCACAAGGAACGUGAGAGUGGAGAGAUCCGACAUCUCCAGCUCAUCAUCUCAGCCACUACUGACAACCGCAGACAGUCUCUGGCCUUCGUGGGAGCCGUGCAAAAGGGAGUCAAGUUUAUGUAUGAGGCGAAAGAGUCGCGGGGUCUGUGAAGUCACAUGACUGAUCAUCUCCGCCUGAUUGGACCAAGCCAUCCGAACAGUUGUGGACUACAUUACUGACACACCAACUGGGCAAACACAACUUAAAACAACAUUACAGGUGUUACAGGGUCUAAUCUUUUAAACUGUCUACACAUUUAAUGACAAUUUAAAGGGUGGGCUUUUCCUUCCUAUGACUGUGAACAGUGUGAACUCUUUACCUGAUAUAUAACUUACAUUUUAGCUUGUGUAGAAUUCAUUACAUUUGUGAUAGCCAUGGUAUGUCACUGUGGUACACAUUGUUGAAAUCAUAAAAUUCCUUUGGUUAUUACAAGAAAUGUCUAUUCAAACCUAUGACAAUUUUUUUAAAUAGGCCAUGACACAAUCGAAACGAGUUUAAGCCACUUUGAACAUCCCAAUCCCAUAAUAAUCAGUGUUACAGCAAGGCAUGAAAUUGUCUCCUUUUAUCAUGGAGGCAGCUUCAGUAUUGUUAGUUUUUAGAUAGUAUUGAAAGUUUUUCAUCAGGAAUACUUUGAAACAAAAUUGUGGUAGUAUUCCUGUAAAUGUAUUUAAUUCCUGUUACCACGGGCUACAAUAUAAAGUGUUUGAUAGUAAUUGUAAAGUCUUGGUAAUGUCACUCUUUAUAUGAAGUUAGCAAUGUUGAUUAGUAAUAUUUCAGUUUCUCUGUGAUAGUGAUGGAGGUACAGAUCUUGGGCAAAAGUGUAAUCAUGAUUACAAGCCUAAUGCAACUUUGUGGCCACAAGUAGCCUAAACCAAGAAUGAUACACCUCUUUAUGCACUAAGUAAUAUAUUGGUAUUAUUAUACUAUAUAAAUGAUAAAGGAAAUGGUCCACGAACCACCUUGAUAAAAGCUUAAUGCAUAUUUUCAGUUGAGUUAUUGUGGAAGUGGAUCGGAGUGUCAGAAUGGAAAUAGACCACAGAGAACUGUAAACUGCUGAUAAGCUUGUUUUUUUAGCCCAAGUGCAAAUUUGAUGUGGCCAAAUACAGUCAUACUAACCAAAGGCAUCUAAUGACUAGAAAUGUCUUACCUCCUACUGGCUGAAUUAAUUGUACAUACAAUGUUGAUAGAUAUGGAUUGAUGGAGAGAAUGUUCAAGACAAUUAUGUCUUUUACAUUUUGAGGACUGUUGUUUGAAAACAUGGAACCUGGAUUUUGCUAUUUGGAUUUACAUGAUCUCACCCUGUUCAAAAUCUACAAUAUUUCAUACUUGGCAGAGGACCGUCUAUCUACUCAUGAAUUAAGAUUUGAGUAGAGGUAGAGUUUAAAUGUAAGAUAAACUGGCUUCCAGUGUUUAUCCAAAAAUUUAAAAGAAAAUAGCAGUGCAGGAUAAUGUCCCAAAAGGAAUAAAAGGAAGAAUCAACCCAAAUAUAUUCUACAUCUGUAAUCUUUAUGUUGAAGUGCUCCGUGUAAAUGCUGAGGAGCUGUGGCGAAAGACUUGAUUUUAGUGAUGUGUACAUUAAAGCUAUUUUUGCAAAGAAAGUAAUAAAUUACAAUCUAUGAGUAGCAGAGUUUUGGGUUAUAAAAUCAGGGAUGCAAUACUAGUAUUGAAAAUACUAUUAAUUGGGAAAAUGUGGAAAACAGUUUUUGGAAUGUUGACUAUCCCACAACAGAUAAUUAGCUAGUCAUUAGUUAUUGGAUACAGUCAUUACAUUGCAAACAUCAGAACUGUUCAUAAUCUAUUGCCUUAGUACCCAAAACUUUUGGAAGUAAAUCACAGAACUGAAGAAUGUGAAAAAGUAGCAUGAAACAGAGUUGACUUUUUUUCCUAAUUUCUUAAAAUAUGUCAAUUGUUACACAUGUAGCUGGCUUCAGCAUGAUAUAACAGAUUUUCAUGCAAAUAGCUGUAACAGGUCAUACCGGGGGUAUGUUAAUUGAUUGUCUUUGGAUCAUCUUACUUUAUGUAAGUUUAUUCCCCAGUAUUUUCAAGCAAUGAUCAAUGAUAGCCAGCAAACUUUGCACAGGCAGACUUCUGCACAAGAUUGCUUUAUACCUAUUUUUGAUUUUGUUAUCAGUAAUAAUUGUGUUAUCUUGAUAGAGGUGUCAGUAAACAAUUGCAGAAUGAUAUGUAACACAUUGUAUAGCAAAUUUUAUAUUAUCACACUGGUACCUAAUAACUACAUUUUGUGUUGUGUAAUUGUAAUAUGUGUCAAAUGGUUCUCAAUGUGUUGCCUGUAAAUAUAAUGCUCCAAAGAAAAUAUGCUUCAACCAUAACAAAUUGCACCCUGCGUGGACCAAUAUGUCAAGCCAUGAACCCAGAAAGGUUGUUGGUAUACCUGUAUAAUGUACACUGUGUUUCAUGAAUCAUUACAGGAAAGAUGAAAGAUAAAUAAGUCUGCAUUUGUAUAUGCAGAACCAGGAGUACACAUAGAAGUGUAACUCCUUCUUUAAUAAUGAGAUUUUGUUAUGUACCCCUUAAACAUUAUUGGUUUGACACAACAUGAUGUCUGACAUGGUAUGACUUGCAUUUGUCCUCUUGCCUCACCAAAAGAGCAAAGUGUAUAGGCCUCAACUAAAAGUCUAUUUUCUCACUCAAGGUACACAUGGAAGCGUGGCUUUACAUAGUUUGGAAGUCAGUUUUUGAAAUGUAAUAUAAGAUUGAAUUUGAAUAGUGUUUUUGAAGUUUUUAAACAAUACAUAUAAUUCUGGACAGAGAAAGUUGGUGAAACUUUGUACCUUGAGGUUAGAUGCUGACUUGUAAUUUUGCCCACUAUUAUUUUCAACUGUGUACUGCCCCAUGAUUGUAUCUAAAGAUGGUUGAAUUAAAAAAAAAACCUUG